CCAGAGGGCGAUCCCGGAAGCGAGCUCAGAGAGCACUCCCCCCGCCCACCUCGGGCCCCCUCGAGUUUCUGUUGCGUGGGGGCACACCGGCGGCGGGGCGGGGGGUGAGGGUAACCUCUACCUGCGGGAGCGGUAGUAGACCCCGCGCGAGAGGGGGCAGGGCGGAUAGGGGAUCUCUCCGCCGUCUCACACCGCAGCCGGUCUCCCUCGACGAGAUGCGCCUUGUUUUGGUCCGCCCGACCAAUCGGCUGGAUUCUACGGAAGCCGGGAUGGGCCUUUCGUGGAGGCAGCAGGCCUCUCCCCUGCCGAUCGUAAGGCAUUGCGCAGGGUGCACCACCGCUACCUGGUGCUCCUGCGGCUUUAACGCCUCCGACAUGGAAAGACCAUUGCAGUUCCAGACGGGCUUCUGCUCUGAGCAGCAGCAGCAGCAGCAGCAGCAGCAGCAGCAGCAGCAGCAGCGCCAGGACAAGCAAAGUCUUCUCCAGCAGCCACAGCAGCAGACCCCAUGCCUCCAGUGCAACAACUGUACCUAUUAUGGGGCCGUUGUGGCAGCAGCGGGGCAUAACCUGCCCUCGCUGCUCUGCACUUCUUCGCCUCUCUCGGGCGCCCUCAGGACUCACUCCUCGCCGCUCUCCAGUUUCGCCUCCUCCCGGCAGGGCAGCCAGUUGAACGUCAGCGAGCUCACCCCCUCCAGCCAUGCCGGCUCGUCCAGACAGCCCCACCAGUACCACCAGUGCCAUAGCCUGCAGCAGCAGCAAGCAGCCAGUCCCAGCAGCAGUGUCAGCAGCAGCAGCAGCAGCACCCACCAUCACCACUACCAGCAGCGUCGGGAGAGCAAUCCCUUCGCCGAAAUAGCCAUGAGCAGCUGCAGGUACAACGGCGGCAUCAUGCGGCCGCUCAGCAACCUGAGCUCAUCCCGCAGGAACCUGCACGAGCUUGACUCCGAGUCUCAGCCGCUCCAGCAGCCGCUCGUCGGCCCCAUAGCCGCUGCUCCGGAGAUCGUGGUCUCCAAGCCCGAGCACAACAACUCCAACAACCUGGCGCUCUACGGCUCCGGCGGCACGAACAACGGCGGGGGCAAGUCCAGCAAGAAGAAGAACCAGAACAUCGGCUACAAGCUGGGGCACCGCCGGGCGCUCUUCGAGAAGCGCAAGCGCCUCAGCGACUACGCGCUCAUCUUCGGCAUGUUCGGCAUCGUAGUCAUGGUGAUCGAGACAGAUCUGUCUUGGGGCGCCUACACGAAGGAGUCUCUGUAUUCCCUCGCUCUGAAAUGUCUUAUUAGCCUCUCCACGAUUAUCUUGCUUGGGCUCAUUAUUGUAUACCAUGCAAGGGAAAUUCAGUUAUUCAUGGUGGACAAUGGAGCAGAUGACUGGAGAAUAGCCAUGACUUAUGAGCGUAUUUUCUUUAUCUGCUUGGAAAUACUUGUAUGUGCUAUACAUCCCAUACCUGGGAACUAUACAUUCACAUGGACAGCCCGUCUUGCCUUUUCUUACACUCCAUCCACAACAACAGCUGAUGUGGAUAUUAUUUUAUCUAUACCAAUGUUCUUAAGGCUGUAUCUUAUUGCAAGAGUUAUGCUUUUGCAUAGCAAACUUUUCACUGAUGCAUCAUCUAGAAGCAUUGGAGCGUUAAAUAAGAUAAACUUCAAUACCCGUUUUGUUAUGAAGACUUUAAUGACAAUAUGUCCAGGAACCGUACUGUUGGUUUUUAGUAUCUCAUUAUGGAUAAUUGCUGCAUGGACUGUCCGAGCUUGUGAAAGGUAAGGUUGUUCUGUUUGUUUGGUUGGUUGGUUUGUUCUGUCCAUCUGUCUUGGUUUGCUUCUCUGGUUUUGUGUUUGAAGGACCUAAAUAUUUAAUGGAAUGGAGCUUCCUGGUCUUUGAUAUGUUGAGUGCUGGUAGGAUUUCACUCUGUCACAGAUUGUCAGGAAUGCUUUGCCUUUUAAUCCAAAGGACCUACAUAGAGAAGCUUGUGCCACAACACUUAUUGUAGUAUUGCUAGUCGAUUUCAAUGUUUUCAUUGCUAAAGCUUUGCUAAAACACAGUGGAUACGAUAAAAUGUCUUUUAACAACAGUUACAGUUGUUGAUAUUAUGUUUACUAAGAGCCUUCAUUUAUUGUGUUUGCGAGUUAAAUUUAUUGAGAGUAAUGUAGAUAAAAUAUCUAUGGAAAAUUCCAAUGGAAAAUGUAUUUUUUCAAUUAGACAUUUAUUGUCCUGUUGCUUAAAAAAAAAAAAAAAAAAAGUGAAAAAAAAGUUGUUGGGGAGUUGGCAGGAUCAAGAAUGGGUGAUGUACUGGUUUUAGCUGGGACAGGGUUCGUUUUCUUCCUAGUAGCUUGUAUGGUGCUGUGUUUUGGAUUUGUGACCAAAAUAGUGUUGAUAGCACAUCGAUGUUUUUAGCCAUUGCUGAAUAGCGCUUACACAGUGUCAUAGUUCCAAUUUUAGCAAGGAAAUUUUCUUUCCCUUCCCCCUGCCAUGUGUGCCCUGUGUAUAGGCCAUCAGGUAGCUAUCAGGUGAACAAAAGAAUCGGCCGGUCCAGUAAUGGCCAAGAGAUCAGUCUCCAGGCAGAUGAAGGAUCUAAAGUCUACUUUUUUCUCUCGUCUCUGGGGCAACGGGGGAGGAGGAAUUUUGGUGGGCUGGGGGUGUGGCUGGCACGCAGGUUGGGAGGAGAGGUUGGUGUGCCGGUGGGCUCGGGACCUGCUGCGAGCUGCAGACGCUGCCUGGUUUGUUUUUUUUUCCUGUUGGAGGAGAGUUUGCUGCUGCUCUCUGCUCAGCUGUUGCUGGCUGCAGGCCCUGCUUAAAGCGAACUCUAACCAGCUGAAGUUCGUGAGUUUUCUUCCAUUGGGAGAACUUUCUGUUUGCUGUUUUUAUUUUUUCCUUCCUUUCCCUUUCCCCCUCCACCACUCCCUCUCUCCUGUCCCAGUGUGGGAAGGGAAGGGGAACCGAGGGGUGUUUUUGUUGUUUUGUUGUUGUUUUUUACUGGACAUUACAAGUUCUGCACCUCCAGUUAUCCAACAGCGCCACCUGGUGGCUACUAUAGGACACUACAAGUUCUGCAUCUCCAGUGACCCAACAGCACCACCUGGUGAAUGGUACAGGACAUUACAAGUUUCGCAUCUCUAGUGACCCAACAGCGCCUCCUAUUGACUGUGGUUGGAAUUGCACCAAGGGGCACAAAAAUUGAACUGUUUACUCUUGCUGGUUUAUCGGUUUGUUCUUGAAGGGGAUUAUUGGUGGGUAUAGGAGUAUUGCUUGGUUUUUUUUUACUUGUUUUUUUCCGUGUUUCUGUUAAUACACACAUACCUUUUAAUAAAGGACUGUUAUUUUCCCUUUUCCAUAA